CCGACAUAUAUUUACAUACAUUUACUCCUCCGUUAGUUCGAAAGUGUCGUAUUAUUGGUUAUGGGAUCCCUGUGUUGUGCUUUGAAUCAUGCAUGACGUCGCAGACAUCAUGGCGAACAGCGAAACAGAAGAUUGGCGGUCGCCACAUUUUCGCCAAAAAGUAACAAGCCAAAUUGACGAUGCUUUGCGGAAGUCUGGUAACCCACAAAUGAUGACAAGAAAUGCUGCUGAUAUCGAAAGAGAUGUGUUUUCUAAAGCGAAAUCUAGGGAUGAGUACAUGUGUUAUGUUGCCCGUGUUUUGGUGUUUGCACGUGACGUAGGUAAGAUUUUUGUUUCGUUUAUUGACGAAAUGUUACAAGCUACGGUUUCAGAACUAAUUCUCUUCGCGAGUUAUAUACGAGUUGGUUCGAAAUCUAAAAAAUGCGAAGCAAAAUAAAGCGUUACUUGUGUAGAAAAAUA